AUGGAGGAACAAGCCGUCAAAGAAACACUUGACGUGCAAGAGGAGAUCAGUCAAGAAAUCUCCAAAUUUAUCAUCAACUUCAAGAAAGAUUCAUCGGAGAGGAAAUCAAGUCCGAACUAUUAUGAAAAUAGACUAACCAUUCUCGAUGACGCUUGGAAUCGAUUCACAACGAAUGAUCUCAAGAUUCCUCAAAAGUAUAGAACUACGUUAUACAUGAAGUUCUAUAACGACUGUCGUGAGUCAUACGACAAAUAUCGAGCUAUCAUACGGGACGGCAUGGAACAAUCAACAAGCCAAGCCGAGGAAGAAAAUUACCUCAGCGCCUGGGGUAUAUUAGUCGAUUCCUACAACAAUCCCCGACAUGUGGCAGACACGAUUCUCAAUCGUUUCCUGCAUCAAAACACAGUUAGUGACGAUCCAAGGUCAUUAAAAGAGUUGUACAUUAUAACUAUCGAGUCUCUAGCAUCAUUAAAGGGACUGGGCAUCGAUGUAUCAAGUUGGGAUACAAUAUUGAUUGCCAUCAUCAAGCAAAAAUUGGAUCUUGCAAGCAGAGCCCUAUACGAGCAGUCGUUAGAUGGGUCCCGAGAGUUACAGGGUCUCGACACACUGCUCAGUUUUCUGGACCAGCGCAUCCGAGUUCUUGGAACAGGAAAAAAGGGACAACAAUCAAGAAAGGAACAGAAGGGUCCUACAUGCUCAUCAGCCAGUACUGGAAAAGGACCAUGCUGUCAAUUUUGCAAAAGGAAUCACUGGCUCUAUAAAUGCGAUGACUUCCGCAGCAAAACAAUACCCGAACGAGUUAAUUGGGUACAAAAACACAGACUGUGUGUCAACUGCUUCAGCAAUGACCAUAAGGCAAAGGAUUGCCGUGGUCGCCCGUGUUUUAAGUGCGACAAGAAACAUCAUACUUUGUUGCAUCUGGAAACCACAUCAGGUGCAUCAUCCAAUCAACAUUCACCUACUGUAGGUGCAGCAAGCAACAAGAAUUAUAACUUGCUGGCCACAGUCAAAGUAUCAGUGAAGGCUAGCAAUGGUCAAGUUGCUACCUUCAGAGCGCUGCUAUAUUCAGGAUCACAAAUAAAUCUGAUUUCCGAACGAAUGGCUUCAGUACUAUCACUGAAACUUCAUGGAACUUCUCUACGGAUCGAGGGCAUUGGAGGCAAUCCAAAAACCAGUAGAGCAAGAGCAAGCGUUCAAAUAAAAUCAAUGCAUAACGCCUUCACACAAGAAGUUGAAGCCUUUGUCCUACCACACAUAAUAGCUGAUCAACCGGCGCAUCAGUUAAAUUCGGCAAGCCUACAAAUCCCAAGCAACAUAGCUCUAGCCGAUCCAAAUUUCGAUAAGCCAGGAAAGAUUGACAUGCUUAUCGGAGCAGAGCACUACUAUUCAUUGCUGCUGCCAAACCAGUCUAUACUAAAGACAGGAGGACCAGUUCUUCAGAAUACAAAACUUGGAUGGAUCAUUGCCGGACGGAUCUCCUCGGAUCACGAUUCAGCGGCGGUUUGUGCCGCCGCAGCUACAGACGAAGAAGUUGACAGACUAUUGGAACGAUUCUGGACUCUAGAAAAUCUUGAAACCGAGGAAAGGCAUCGAUCACCAAUAGAGGCUCAUUGCGAAAUGCACUUCGUAGGAAACUUGGGAGUUGCAAAGGAUGGCAAAUUUGUUGUGAAACUCCCAUUUUCUGAACAGUCUUCAGCCCUGGGGGCAUCACAGAAAACAGCCACGAAUAGAUUUCUGGCUCUAGAAAGAAGAACGUCACCUGAAGUCUGGAAAGGCCACGUGGACUUUAUGAAUGAAUACGAAGCACUCGGACACAUGAAACAAGUGCAUCAAACAGAUAUACCCGCUAAUCACUACUUCAUUCCACAUCACUGUGUGCUGAAGCCGAAGAGCAGUACAACAAAGUUGAGGGUAGUAUUCGACGCUUCAUGCAAAACCACCAGCAACAAGUCUUUGAACGACAUACUCUAUGCUGGACCCACGGUGCAAAGCGAGCUAUUUGCAAUUCUAUUACGCUUCCGCACUCAUAAAUACGUGUUUACAGCGGACAUAGAGAAAAUGUAUCGGCAGGUGUGGAUACACCCUGACGAUCAAUAUCAUCAACUAAUAUUCUGGAGAAGGAAUCUAUCAGAUGAUCUUAAAUAUUAUCGGCUCAAAACCGUAACUUACGGUACAACGUCAGCCCCAUUCCUAGCAACAAAAUGCUUAGAUUACUUGUCCGAGAAGGCAAAGGAUCAAUUCCCGCUUGGAUCGUCUGCUCUAAAGCACGAUUUCUACGUAGAUGACUGUCUCACUGGAGCAAACAGCGUUGCGGAAGCAGUCCAAAUUCAAAAGGAAUUAAAUAAAAUACUGUUACCAUCCGGUUUCAAGCUCCGAAAAUGGUGCUCCAAUAAUGGGCAAAUUCUAACAGACGUUCCCGAAGCAGACACCAUCUAA